GAUUCUCGGUGGACUCUGCUAAGGGCAUAAUGAGCCGUGGGGAGCUGACCUUUGUGUCGGGGGCUCCGAGAGCCAAUCACACGGGAGCGGUGGUGCUGCUGCGUAAAGACAACAUGUACCGCCUUGUGCCACAGCACAUCCUGUGGGGAGAGGAACUGGCUUCUUCCUUCGGCUACUCUGUGACUACGGCUGAUCUCAACAGUGAUGGGUGAGAGUCACAUAUACUGCAUGUCUACCACUACUACUAAUGAUCCUAUUGAUAGCAGUGUACAAGGAAUGCAUACACAGAUACUCUGUAGCCAUGUCUCAACAGUGAUGGGGGAGUAAGGUUGCAAAAUCCCCAGAUAAACCAGGAUUUUCAGAAAUCAAUGUUGGAGGUUUUCCGGUAUCAGGAGGGAUUAGGAAAGGAUGAAAUGCUAGAACUGGGAAUCCUCUGACCAGGAUUUCUGAAGAACCUCAGUACCAUUGGGGAUAUUAUUUGAGUGACAGAUGUUGCUAAUUUGUAUUAAUCAUCUUCUCAUUUGAACCCAUGAUUCCCUCCCUCCCUCCCUCCCUCCCUCCCUCCCUCCCUCCCUCCCUCCCUCCUCCCUCCCUCCCUCCUCUUAUGCUGCUGCUAUUGAUUAUUAUCACCACUAGUAUUUAUCCAUCAGUCACUUUUUACCCCUGUUUACAUGUACAUAUUUACAUAAAUUACUCCAGUAGUCCUGCACAUUGUAACUACGGUACUGGCACCGACCCUGUAUGUAAACAUCCCUUUUUCAGGACCCUGUCUUUCAAAGAUAAUUCGUAGAAAUCCAAAUAACUUCACAGAUCUUCAUUGUAAAAUAAUUUAAACUGUUUCCCCAUGCUUGUUCAAUGAACCAUAAACAAUUCAUGAACAUGCACCUGUGGAACGGUCGUUAAGACACUAACAGCUUACAGACGGUAGGCAAUUAAGGUCACAGUUAUGAAAACUUAGGACACUAAAGAAGCCUUUCUACUGACUAUGAAAAACACCAAAAGAAAGAUGCCCAGGGUCCCUGCUCAUCUGCGUGAACGUGCCUUAGGCAUGCUGCAAGGAGGCAUGAGGACUGCAGAUGUGGCCAGGGCAAUAAAUUGCAAUGUCCGUACUGUGAGACGCCUAAGACAGCACUACAGGGAGACAGGACGGACAGCUGAUCGUCCUCGCAGUGUCAGACCACGUGUAACAACACCUGCACAUGAUCGGUACAUCCGAACAGCACACCUGCGGGACAGGUACAGGAUGGCAACAACAACUACCCGAGAUACACCAGGAACGCACAGUCCCUCCAUCAGUGCUCAGACUGUCCGCAAUAGGCUGAGAGAGGCUGGACUGAGGGCUUGUAGGCCUGUUGUAAGGCAGGUCCUCACCAGACAUCACCGGCAACAAUGUCGCCUAUGGGCACAAACCCACCGUCGCUGGACCAGACAGGACUGGAAAAAGUGCUCUUCACUGACGAGUCGCGGUUUUGUCUCACCAGGGGUGAUGGUCGGAUUCGCGUUUAUUGUCGAAGGAAUGAGCGUUACACACGAGGCUUGUACUCUGGAGCGGGAUGGAUUUGGAGGUGAGCUUGUUGUCAUUGCAGGCAAUUUCAACGCUGUGCGUUACAGGGAAGACAUCCUCCUCCCUCAUGUGGUACCCUUCCUGCAGGCUCAUCCUGACAUGACCCUCCAGCAUGACAAUGCCACCAGCCAUACUGCUCGUUCUGUGUGUGAUUUCCUGCAAGACAGGAAUGUCAGUGUUCUGCCAUGGCCAGCAAAGGGCCCGGAUCUCAAUCCCAUUGAACACGUCUGGGACCUGUUGGAUCGGAGGGUGAGGGCUAGGGCCAUUCCCCCCAGAAAUGUACGGGACCUUGCAGGUGCCUUGAUGGAAGAGUGGGGUAACAUCUCACAGCAAGAACUGGCAAAUCUGGUGCAGUCCAUGAGGAGGAGAUGCACUGCAGUACUUAAUGCAGCUGGUGGCCACACCAGAUGCUGACUGUUACUUUUGAUUUUGACCCCCCCCCCCCCCCCCCCCUUUUGUUCAGGGACACAAUAUUCCAUUUCUGUUAGUCAAAUGUCUGUGGAAUUUGUUCAGUUUAUGUCUCAGUUGUUGAAUCUUGAAUAUUUACACGUUUGCUGAAAAUAAACGCAGUUCACAGUGAGAGGACGUUUCUUUUUUUGCUGAGUUUAGGUGGCAUAUAUAAGUUGCAACUUUGAGCACCUUUAUCUCCUGAAUGUCUAAAAAGUCACUUUCUGACCACUUCUUCCAAACAUGUGUGGAAAGUUUUGUUUAAAUGAAAAGGGUUGCUGUCAAAAACUGAUUGAAUUCAAACGGAUUUACCCAAAUACAUUUUGAAACUUUAAACUCCCGGUCCUCUCUCUCAGCUGGACAGACCUGAUAGUGGGAGCUCCUAACUACUUUGACAGGAAGACAGAGAUCGGAGGUGCUGUGUACGUCUUCCUGAACCCAUUCGGUAACUGGGAGUAUGCUCGGCCAAUCAGGCUCAACGGAACCUAUGACUCCAUGUUUGGGCUGACCGUCAACAAUGUAGGAGACCUGGACCGGGACGGAUAUGAUGGUGAGGACUGACUCGAUCAAAUCAAACUUUAUUUAAAGUGCAUUCAUCGACUGCAUGAAGGGACUGAGUGGACAGAGGGGACCGAGCAACUGUUCAUACAUAUAAUCUGUGUCCCAAAAGGCACCCUAUUCCCUAUGUAGUGCACUACUUUUUACCAGAGCCCCUAUGGUCCCUGGUCACAAGUGGUGCACUAUGUAGGGAAUAGGGUGCUAUUUGGGAUGUAUAGCGACUGUUGAAAACAUAAAUCCUGCAUACUGCCGUUGCCAUUAAAGUAAGCCAGAACGGCCCACAGGGGCAGGAGAAUCUCCUGAUUCAGGAGUGUAUAUCUGUGUUUGUCUCUCCCCAUCCAGACAUCGCUGUGGGGGCUCCGUUCGACGGAGAUGGCAAAGUGUUCAUCUACCGAGGCUCGUCCUCAGGCAUCCACACCAAGCCUGCACAGGUGAGAAUUUAAUGUAAUACCAAAAAGCUUUAUUGUCCAUUCCAUUUAACCCCUCCCAUCAUUUACGUUAUUUAUACUCCGCCCUCUCAGAUCCUGGACGGGGUGGACGAGGGGGUGAAAAGGUUCGGCUACUCCAUCUCAGGAGGCCUGGAUAUCGAUGGGAACCUGUACCCUGACCUGGCAGUAGGCUCUCUCGGUGAUAAGAUGGUUCUGUACAGGUCUCACCCGGUCAUUCAUGUGACUCGGGACGUAUUCGUUGAACCUCAGCAGUAUAUUGACUUGGAGCAACACAACUGCAAGGGGAGAGAUGGGGUGUGGUAGGUUGCAUUCACCGAUUCAUCAUACUCUUCGUCUCGUGUGUUCAUAUAGCCUGGUUACCAGUCUUCUCUUCAUCUUCAGCCAACCAUGAAGGAGUUAGUGGAAGACUGGCAACCAGGCUAUUGUGUUUCUGCUGUUGUGAAUUAAAACAGGACUCUGUCAACUCUGUUGUUUUCUGUCGUUAGUGUGGAGGUCAAAGUGUGCUUCACCUUUACUGCAUAUCCAGAGUCUUACUCACCAGACAUCAGUAAGUUACACCUCUGUUUAGAAAUUGUUAUUUCUUCUUUGUUGAAUGAUGUUUGUUACUCCAGUCAGUCUGUGCUUCAAGUAAGCUGAGCUCUUCUCUGGUGUGCUGACAUUUCCCCUCCCUCCAUCCCUACCUCCCUCCCUCCCUCCCUCCCCCCCUCCCUUCUAGCUCUGGUCCUACUCUUCGAGGCUGACACCGAGCGCAGGAAGCUGGGCCUGCCCCACCGUGUUAGCUUCCUGGGUCGGAGUGCACAGGAGGCGGAGUACACACACACUGACGAGUUGGAGCUGAAGGGUCAACGUCAUCCCGCCUGCCGGAGCGCCACCUUCCAACUACACGUAAGGGCUGAUAGUCGAGAACAGAUGCUUGUUGUUGUUGUUGUUGUUGUUGUUGUUGUUGUUGCUGUUGUUGUUGUUGUUGUUGCUGCUUUAGAUGUUGCAUAGUGUUCCAAACCUGGGAAGAACUAGUAUUUAAGAUUUAUUUUGCUUAUCUGUAAAUGAUCAAAGGAAUAGUAGUCUAAAAAGUUAAAUAAAAGCUGAAUGAAAACAAAUAUUAUUUCAACCCAGGUCUGCUAUAGUCAUAAACUCCAAGAUAAUUUGUAGAUAGAUACCAAUUGACUUCCAUAUAAUGUAAUCUCAUUGAAUAAUCGUUUAAUCAUUCUUUCCGGUGCAGGAGAAUAUCCGUGACAAGCUGCGUCCCAUCUCCCUGACCAUCACCCACACCAUCAAACCCCCUGUGUUCUCCUCAGACACUCACCCAGUGGAACGACACACGCUACCUCCUGUACUGAGUGUUGCCACCUCCAACACCCUGCACUCUGAGGUCAGUUCCACACCAACAGGAUCAACUUGGGUGGUUUCCCACAGUGACUUUUUUUCCAUGUCCUUGCCUGAUCUGAAGUCUGUCUCCUCCGUUGCAGGUGAAUUUCCUGAGGGAAGGCUGUGGUGAUGAUAAGAUCUGUCAGAGCAACCUGAAGUUCACCUACCAGUUUGGAACCCGACCUAUAACCUCUGACCUCUUCACCCCUCUGCCAAAGUUAGUAGGAAUACGCUUUUAUAUUUCCUAACCCUCUCUCAUAUCCAGAGAUGAGGCAUUGAGCUGUUCCAAUAGCUGUUUACUAUGAGUUUAAACAUAUCACCUUCUAACCUUCUAUUCCAGGGGUUCCCAAACUUUUUCACUCAGGGCACCCCUUCCAGCAUUGGGGAACAUGCCCCCCCCCCCCCCCCUCCCCCCCUGCACGCGCCACGUCUAUUUCCAUGGACACAAACUGUUCACCCCCCGCUUGUUGGUGGAGAGUUUAUUUCCUGCAAUUCUACACAUUUUGUCAUGGGGUGCAAAGAAAAUGUUGCCAUUUAAAGCACAUUUUCUUGCAAUUCUAUACAUUUUGCCAUGUCUAAUGUGUAUUCAUGUGAUAUUUGAGUGACAAAAAAAUUACAACAAUAUCUUUGGCCUAAAAAAACCGAACUAAAAAAAACGUGUCAGCUGACAUGGACUAGUUGAUCUGGACAUGUCUGACAAGUUAUAAAUAGCUCUCUAAGGUUUUGCAAUGACUAACAUGACAUUUCGAAAUUGUAUUCUACUAUUACAACUUUUAAGGGUAAAUUUAAAGCCGUACUGAGUUCCUUUAAAAAGUUCAUUUCGGAACCACUGUAUCUAUUCUGCUGUUCCUCUUCCUCUAACAACUCUGCGUGUAUCCUCCUCCUUCCUGAGAUGUGGUAACGUAUCAUUCCACCAUUUUGUUUUCACUCUUCUGUUCCUUCACAUCUAACCACUUCUUUUAUACUUUCCUCGUCCUCAUGUCAUACCCAGAGAUGAUGAGGAGGUGGCAGUGUUCUCUCUGACUGACCAGAGGUCUGUGGUGUUGGAGGUGACCGUCACCAACAUGCCCUCUGACCCUCUGCACCCCGAGGAGGACGGUGACGACGCCCACGCCGCCCAGCUAGUGGUCACCCUGCCAGACACCCUGUCUUACUCUGGCUUCAGGGGACAACAGGUAGGCUACCGGUCUCCCUGCCAGACACCCUGUCUUACUCUGGCUUCAGGGGACAACAGGUAGGCUGCUGGUCACCCUGCCAGACACCCUGUCUUACUCUGGCUUCAGGGGACAACAGGUAGGCUACUGGUCUCCCUGCCAGACACCCUGUCCUCCUCUGGCUUGUAAAAGUAGAGCCCACACACACCAUUUCUCCAGCACAUACUAUACCUUUUUAUUAAGCCAGUUAGUACACAACACUACGAUCCAAGAGUGGAUUUAACCCCGUGACCUGGCCAGGAAUAACCCUGACUUACUCAUGGUCACGUAAAACUCAGAGCCCUAUGUAUGGUCAAAUCAGCAGAGGAGUUAACUGGAGGAGUUACCUGUCUCCCAUCCAUCCUGAGUUAACUGGCUACUGUCUCCCAUCCUUCCUGAGUUAACUGGCUUCUGUCUCCCAUCCAUCCUGAGUUAACUGGCUACUGUCUCCCAUCCUUCCUGAGUUAACUGGCUACUGUCUCCCAUCCAUCCUGAGUUAACUGGCUACUGUCUCCCAUCCUUCCUGAGUUAACUGGCUACUGUCUCCCAUCCAUCCUGAGUUAACUGGCUACUGUCUCCCAUCCUUCCUGAGUUAACUGGCUACUCUCUCCCAUCCAUCCUGAGUUAACUGGCUACUGUCUCCCAUCCUUCCUGAGUUAACUGGCUACUGUCUCCCAUCCAUCCUGAGGUAAUGGAACUCUGCUGAACCUGACUGUGUUUCCUGUUUCCUGUGUGUAGGUGGUGUGUCAGGCCAAUCAGAAUGGCUCUCAGGCAGAGUGCGAGCUGGGAAACCCCCUGAAGAGAGAUGCUACACUGAAGUUCUACAUCAUCCUCAGCACCUCUGCUAUCACCAUAGAGACCACGGAACUCACUGUCAACCUCCUGCUGGCUACGUAAGUCCUGGAUGGACAACUACUUGAAGAUUAGGUCCUGAAUGAGCCAGUCUCCAGGACCCAAAUAAGCCUAGACCUGAGCAUAAAACCAUGCUCAAUCAAAAAAUCUGAAAGUGCUUCUUGGUCCUGAGCUUAAUAUGUGUCCAGGAAACCUAAGUGUCUACAUGUGUCUCUCCUCAGCAGUUGGUCCAUUUAACUCAGUGUUAGUUUCCGCCUACUGUCUAUGAUGUAAUGUGUCCUCACUGUGUGUGGGGUUGUCUCCUCCUCAGUAUCAGUGAGCAGCCAGACCUGGCCCCAGUCACAGCCGUGGCCAAAGUCAUCAUAGAGCUCCCUCUGGCUGUCAGUGGGCAAGUACUGCACUCUAAGUUAUCACUUAGGAUUUGUCCCAAUGCUUCUCUAAUGCAUCACCUCCCUCCCUCCCUCCCUCCCUCCCUCCCUCCCUCCCUCCCUCCCUCCCUCCCUCCCUCCCUCCCUCCCUCCCUUGCCCCUCCCCCCUCCCCUCCCCACCCUCCCCCCUAACUCCCUCCAUCCUCCCUCCCCCCUCCCUCCCUCCCUCCUUCAAAUCAUCACUAAUUCAAAUAUCCCAGGAAGGAUGGAAAAGAUAGAACCCUUUCCAUAGGUAUUUGAACAGGACCAAGUCCUAUGAUUCAGUAGCCAAUGUCAAUCUGACACAGUAAACAAUGGUACCAUAAGGCUGUGUCAGGCUCUGUCCAUUAGCCCACUAACCCUAACCCUCUGUCUGUUUCUGUGUUGAUUCAGGCUGGCCCGGCCACACCAGCUGUUCUUCAGUGGGGCUGUGAAGGGGGAGAGCGCUAUGGAGACACUGGACGACGUGGGCACCGCUCUGGAGUUUGAGUUUACGGUGAGAUUGAUUGAUUGAUCAUUUCUUUUUAUUUGACAAUUAAAAAUAGCCAACAGAAAAUAUUACAUGGAUCGUUCCACCAAUUCGGUGCCUUUUUGAGAAGUGUAACUUGGUGGAAAAAAAAACACAUUUUGAUUUCACCUAAUUUUAACAUUCUGUCAGAAGGAGCACAUGUUCAACUUCAUAAAAAACACGUUUUCCAUUGUAAAUAUAAAAAUGACUAUAGUAAGUACCUAUUAAGUGCCAAAUAAAGUAACAGGGUUGACCGUAACAUGUUGACCGUAACAGGGUGGACCGUAUCAGGGUUGACCGUAACAAGGUUGACGAUUUCAUCUUAAAUCAGCCAUGAAUCCCCCCGUGACAGGGGGAAUGGAAGCUUGUUGUGUGCAGCAGGAAGUGGCAAUGCAAGCUUCACAAAAAAAGGAAAUUGCAAAAAUAUUUCUAGCCUGUCUAUCUACGUUAUGCUCAACCCGCUCAGUUUUCCACGAAACACCAGAAAAUGACCAAAAAUAGUACAACUAUGUCAUCUGUUUUUACACUAUGGUUUGACUAUUAGACUUUCAAUGUCAUUGUCAAAAUGCUGAAUUUUUGCACUUUAGCAAGCAUUUAUUCAGAUUUUUGAAUUCUCUAUGUGGUCUAUAUUAAAGCCAAGGGCACUUCAUUUAAUAUAGCAGGCUUUUAAAAUUAAAUAUUGGUGCACAAUUUCUACUUAAAAUAUCAAUGAGAAGCAAAAGGCACUCUUUUUUGUGGAACGACCCAGACGCGACCCACAAACGACCCACAUAUAUUGAGGACCACUUUAGAAAUAAGUGUUGUAAUUCAUGCUUUCAAAUGUUAUCACAUGGGAUCAAAUCCACAACGUGCUGGAUUUGCAGUAUAUGUUAUUUUUAUCCAAAAUAAAAUUACAUUCAAUAAGACAAUAACAUCAGAGGGCUUAUUUCCAUUGAGUUCCUCUAUUUCCUAUUUUUGAGAACAAGAGACGGUGUAGCAUGACAGUGUAGCAUAGCAUCUUUCUAUCGCUGUGAACAGGAGAAAAAACGUGGCCACUAAAUUAACCCUUCGCUAAGCCCCGCCCCAGAAUUCUGGGCAACCAAUCACAGCGUUCCAAUGGAUAGCAACUGUCAUCCAGUCAAGGGUGUGAUUGCGGCCGGCGAUUCGCCGCGUUCAUGCAUCUGCACGAACCCCUUCUUUCUAUUGGUCCAUUUUUAAUCUAGGACUCCGGUACAAAGGCGGGAGCGCUCCAGUACAGUAGGUGGCCCUAAUGCACCAUAACGUUGGACGCCAACCGCCGAUAAACCCCACAGAAGAAGCUAAAACAGUGUCCUUUGCCUCCGCCUGUCAGGUACUGGUUUCCCGCAGUUCUGUCAACAACAGCGAGGGCAGGUGGGAGCGAAGGACGCUGUGUGCUAGCUAGCUAGGGCUCUGGUACACAGGCGGGAGGCGGGGGGCAACACGGUAGACAGUGUUCAUGCAGAUCCCAAUGCUCUAGUGGGGAGUGUUCCUGCAGAUGCAGGAAUGCCCAUAUGCGGGCCACAAUCACACACUAUUGGAUGAGUCCGACACAUUGGACAAGCUCACGUUUAAAUCACAUGAAAGCCAGUGAGGGUAUGGCAUAAACGGAGAGUGUAUGUAUUGUAUUGUUUAAAUGGCUAAAUAAUUUAACAAUGCGCCAGGAGUACUUGCUACUGUGAUUCCUGAAAUGAAGAGCCUGUCGAUGGAGUACUUUUCAAAUCCGAAAUUAUACUUUUGUUACAUUGUUAGCUAGCUCAGCUGGUUAGCUAGCUCUCAGUCUCAUUGAACACCAAACGUUCCAAACGCUAGCUAGCUUCAUAUAACUUUGUUUUCUUGCUGACAGUUAAUUCUACAUUACAAACAUAAUUUUACCAGCUUCCCGUGAAGUGAUUGUAAUGGCCCACCCUCCUCUUCCUCCAGAUGAUCUUCACUUGCUCCUGUAUCUUCCUCUGAAAUUCCCUCUGGUGUUUCCUUCUGGCCCACCCUCCUCUUCCUCUUCCUAAGCCUUCUCGUCCUCUUCCUCUCCAAUUCUGUCUCUGUCCAGAAACUGGCUGUGGAUAUGAAACAACUUGUACCACUAUUGGUGGCUGGUACAAUUGCAUUUGACCUUGUUCAGUUGAAGCUGUAGCAGUGAUUGUUGAUUUGGUUCACACUGAUUCUUCAUAACCAAAGCUUUUCUUCUCCUUCUUAUUCUCCCCCAGUUGUAUUUCAUUGAGUUUUCUGAGAGUUUCUUGGUCCUGUUCUUUCUGGUUGUGUUCCUUUUUCCGGUACAGAUCCACUUGAUGAGCUAUAUAAUCUCUAUAGACACCUUUUGUCAUGCUUCCAAGUCCAACCACCUCUGCCAGUUUGCUCCUUACUGGUGAGGGCAGUCCUAUCUGCAGUUUAGCUCUCAAAAUUGACUGCUCAAUUUGACUCACAUCUGGAUCAUUUCCGGUAAUAUUUCUCCACACUUGAUGAACUCUUGACACGUAGGCUCUCGGAUUUUCUUGUUGUCCUAGUGGAUCAAUCAGAAUGUUGUCAGGAUGCACAUUUGUUGGAAACGUAUCUUUCAGUGCUCUCCACAGCCGAUUUCUACUUGCAGCCAACAAUUCAGGGUCGUUCACUGCAGUCCCCACAUAUCUAUGAAGUCACGUUCUCUGAAAUAUUUCUUCCAUAUCUGGAAUCCCAAAGAGAUUAGCCAAAAGUCUCUAAAUGUCUCCUAUGGCUGACUAUGUUCCCACCAUAAUUUCUUCCAACUUUGAAAUCCAAGGAUAUGCUCCAUCUUGAAGAGUAGGCAGCUUCUCAAGUAUAUCUGACAUAUCGGUAUUCUGCAAAGGCUUAUACUACAGGUUUUGUCCUCGAAUGAUCACUGCCAUCAUCUUCUUACUGGUGCUCCCUUGUCUUGGCCUUAAUGUAUACUUCUUCUCCAAUUCUUGGGAUCCUUUUUUCAUCAGUUUUUUCUUCUGUAUCUUCAGCUUCUUGAGUUGUUCUUCCAAUUGUCUUACUUCUUCUAAAUUAUUGGCCUUAUCCAGGCAUGAUAUGCAUCGAUCUAUGUCUUGUUCUAUUUCUUCUGUGCUAGUCAUUGUAGGAUAAAAUCCUCUUGAAUAUGAAGCACCUUUAAUCUCCAAAUCUUCAUCGCUGUCUCCAUCUUUACUUUCAUCAGAACUCGAAUCUCUUGUAUUCUUCUUCUUCCAACUUCCAUCACCCCUUCUUUCCGCUCUGGCCAACCUCUGUCUGAUCACAGGGUCAUAUCCACCCAUGAUCUCUUCUGAAUCACUCUCAUCAUCAUCAUCAUCAUCUUCAAGGUCCAUCCUCCUGAACCUCACUCCACCCUUAGUUUCCAGACAUCUCGUUUUCUUCCUACUUUUGGAGUUUUGGAUUCAUCUUUAUUGUCGUUUCUGCUUUUCCUCUCUCUAUUAUUCAAGCACUUUCAUCAUGUUGAUGACAUCAGGGUUAAGAGUCCCUUCCACUAGCCAUGGUUGUUCAAUGUCAGGCCAACGUUUAUUCCCUUUUCCAGAUAACCUUGCAAUACCAUUAACUAAAGGAUUACUAUUUUCUACUACAUCAACAGGAGUAAUUACUUUCAUAGUUUUGAUGUCCUUUUUCCCCAUUCUCUCCUUUUUAUUGUUAUUUUUAUUUGAAAAUAUAUAUUUUUUUAUUUAUUAAUUAAAAUUAAUUAAUUAAUCAAUUAAUCAAUUAAUCAAUAUAUCAAUGUAUUUUAUUAUUUUUAUUUUAUCAAAUUAUUGAUUAGUGGCAAUCUUACCACAUCCAUUCAGGAAAAGUAAAGGAAAGUAGUCAACUUCAGAGCAAUCCAAAAAACAAAGACCUGUAAUCCAGUAACACUACAGCACUCACAAACCAAUUGCUUAAUAAUCACCCAAUUACCUUAAUUUUACAGAAUAAUGUCAGUGUUGGAUUUCCAACACCACUCUAAUCAAAACAACUCAUUCACAAAAACCCUAAUGUGGAAUUAUCAAGUACAUCAAUUCAUCAGUCUGUUGCCAAGUUCCUGUGAAAUGGUCACAACAUGAAAUAUUCUAUGCAUACACAAUGUUUCUAUUAUAUCCUGUAAGGGAAAGUGGGUUUUGUGGAUAAAACAGUACUGGCCUUAGUUGCAGUUGAUCCGUUGUCAGCACCUCCUCUCUCUCUCUCUCCUCCUUCUUAUCGUCUCUCACAUGACAGAAGAACAAAGAAACAGACAAUAAUUUAGUAUUUUAUGCACUCCUAUGUUCACAUUCGCGCUAAGCAAUAAGCAAACAGCUUAACUCAGGAAUAUUAUAAAUAGCUCAAUAACAUUUAAUUUUAUGUAUUUAUUUAAUUAUUUAUUUAUUUUUAAUCCGUCAACAUAUCUCUCUCAUUUAUCAAUUCAAUCAAAUAGUUUCAUAGUUAAACAACAGCCACUUAUCAAACAGAAUACCUUAAUCGUAUGUAAGUGUCCAUCUCCCUCUCUACUCUGUCUGCAUGUCACAGCAGCUCAGUGCAGGCAGGGGAGUGGCAUAUUUGCUCUACGUAACUCUAAACACAUAAAAUCCCACGCGUGCGUAGUUCAUUCACCAGUGCGAUUUCAGAGUGGAUGGAGCUCUCAGGCAGCUCCCUCCAAGUCCAAACAACAGAGCAGACAGACCCGCUGUCGCUCCGCUUGCUCCCCCCUUUGACAAACAGUAACACUUAACAAAACUCACAAACCAACAUAAAACAGAAAUCCUACUUCGAAGUUUGUUAUGUUUAAUUAUUCUAAUCUGCAGAUUCAUAGUUAUUUUCUAAUCCAUUACAAAUAAUCAUCCUCCCAGGGGCUCAUAGUUUUUAACAAGUAUUAAAAGUUCUCUCUAACGGAGACUCAUAAGGUUUUAACCAUAACUAACAUAUUUCCUUACAAAAAACUAAAACCCCUGUUGUCAUAGCCUAGUCGACACACAGCUGGAACACAUCAGAGACCUCUCCAUGUACUCACACACCCGCGUAGGCUCUCUCACUCACACACACACAGAGACAUAGGCUCUCCUUGUCUCCCACACACACGCAUACACAGUUUAAACAAGAAUGCAUCCGUUCAUCCAAUACAUUAAGCAUGCUACUGUCGCUCCUUAUUUCCUUUGUACCUUACUAAAUUUCUGCUACCUCGAGUUGCAGAAAAUUCAAUGAGAGGUUACUUCGGAUAUAUACUUCGUCAAAUAUAUUCCGAGAGGUAACGUGCAAUUGAAUGUAUAUUCUACAACUGACAGUUCCCAGAACUGACCCGACAGUCAAUCUAAUGACUCCCAGGAUUUAUGGCCCAUCUUAAUGAUCGCCUCGUUUGAGGGCUUCCUUAAUCAGCGACGUCCUAAAAGUAUACUUUUUCCUUAUUUCCUGGCCUUAUUCCUUCAUGCUUUUCCUGGACACUCUCUCACACUUUUUUCCAAGCCAAAAUAUGUGUGCCCAGUGUUAAUAAUUCCUAUAUACAUUCCCCCCUGUUUGCAUUGUUCCCAACGCAAACAAAUUUAGAAUUUUAGAACGGAUUCCCAUCACACAGCAAAUAACAGCAAAGCGCACACACAAGUCCUUUAACGGUACGUCUGAAUGCACAUACACACACACAAGCACAUGAACUGACCAGCGCCCAAAACUGUGAGAAAUCUCACCUUAUCUGCCGGCGUCUUGAGCAGGAGUCACUUCGCAGCCCAUGAAUGGAAUGCAGAGAAAAGACGUAACACGACCCAAAAAACCUUGUCACCAUUAAAUGUGGUGGUCCAAGACAACGAUGCUGAUCUAUGCUGUGAUGAUAAGAAGUCCGCUUACACUGUACUUUGAUUAUAAAGAUUUUAUUGUAUCAAAGAUCACAGUAUCAAUUUACAGAUAUCUGCCAGCAUCUGGAGAACAACGGGCCAAUCUGUUGUCUCCCCCUCCUUUGUCUCAACCAAGUAUUUAUAUCCUAUGUAACAUAAUAUGGUGUGAUUUUAAUAAACCAAUCCCUGGCCUCUACAUAGCAGACUCUCCCAAUGUCCUCUAUUCCAAGAAACCUAUGUAGUAAUGCUUUCCAGAUGUUUCAGCAAGCAGAGCCAAGUUCCUCUAACACACCAUUUGCAAACGUCAGCAAAAUCAUAAACUCUCAGACACUACAACAGUUUACCACAACAUACCCAAUCGUUUCUUGAUUAGUAAGAGGUAGUUUCGUUGUGUAUUACAAACACAUUUUGAGAUCAGUUUGAGGAGAUUUCGCCAGUGGUUGAAUGGGGAAUUGGGCUUUCCGGGAAAAUGUUGUCAGAGGUUACAAAACAGUAACCAAGGGGGCCAGGCUUAGCAUAGGCUCAAUUGUAAGCUUUAGAUAAUAUUUCAAGUAAUAAUUUGUUUUGAUCAUAAUCAUUUUAUAUUGACCGUGUUUCAUUCAACUAAUCAAUCAAUUCUCCAUGUUUUGAUUAGGUGACCAACACCGGGCCGUCCCUGCAGACUCUAGGCUCCGCCUUCCUCAACAUAAUGUGGCCUCAUGAGCUGUCCAAUGGGAAGUGGCUCCUGUACCCCACCGCUCUUCACUUCCAGGGCCAUCCAGAAACACACUGUACCCCCCACACCUCCCUCAACCCACGCAAGUUCUCCCACAGCUCUCCUUCUGAAGACCAGCCAAAGGCUACAGUACGUGCACUAGAACAGUAAAAUACCUUUAUUUUGUUUUCCCAACAAUGCAGUAGUCAAUAUCAAUAGUGAAAAUAUGAUACUAUAAAAUAAAGUAAAGUAGAACAGAAACACACAAGAAACAGAAAUAACAAGAACAGGAGAAAGUAAGUCAGCUAUAUACAGGGACAGUUCCAGGGUCAGUAGCUAUAUACAGGGACAGUUCCAGGGUCAGUAGCUAUAUACAGGGACAGUUCCAGGGUCAGUAGCUAUAUACAGGCUCAGUUCCAGGGUCAGUAGCUAUAUACAGUAUAUACAGUAUAUGUAUAUGCUGAUUGUGUGUGUGUGUGUGUGUGUAGAGUCAGUAUGAAUGUGUGUGCGUGUUGUGUGUGUGAGCAAAUUAAGUGUGUGUGUGUAUUGGAGUGUAAGUGUGUGUGUGUGUGUGUGUGUGUAGAGUUAUGUGAGUGUGCAUAGAGUCAGUGAAAAAAUAAAAUAGAGGGGUGUUAUGUGAAUUAUUUAACAAACUAUUUCAGUUUCUCUGUGCGUCUCCCAAAAGGUUGUAAGUCUUUUGGGAUUUAAGUAACGGCCAGAGUCCCGGUCUGCAUAGUCAGAGAUAUUUAUUCAUUGAGAAUUCUGCCAUCACAAUUUCAGAGUCCAUCUUUUAUACUCAUACGUCAUACAAAAAGAAAUCCCUUCCCUCUGUAGGCGGGCUGUAGUUUUCCACUCUAAAACUGCUCUACUGACCUUCAGUUCACACACAUUUUACAUUUACAUUUUAGUCAUUUAUUGGGGUGCCAGAGCCACCAUUGGGGUGCCAGAGCAGCGAACAGCUUUGACUGGGCUGAGCGGGAACUAUGCUUCCGCAGAGGAAGGGGAGCCAGCAGGCCAGAGGUGGAUGAACGCAAUGCCCUCGCCUGGGUGUAGGGACUGAUCAGAGCCUGAAGGUACGGAGGUGCCGUUCCCCUCACUGCUCCAUAGGCAAGCACCAUGGUCUUGUAACGGAUGCGAGCUUCAACUGGAAGCCAGUGGAGUGUGCGGAGGAGGGGGGUGACGUGAGAAAACUUGGGAAGGUUGAACACCAGACGGGCUGCGGCAUUCUGGAUGAGUUGUAGGGGUUUAAUGGCACAGGCAGGGAGCCCAGCCAACAGCGAGUUGCAGUAAUCCAGACGGGAGAUGACAAGUGCCUGGAUUAGGACCUGUGCCGCUGCCUGUGUAAGGCAGGGUCGUACUCUCCGAAUGUUGUAGAGCAUGAACCUGCAGGAUCGGGUCACCGCCUUGAUGUUAGCGGAGAACGACAGGGUGUUGUCCAGGGUCACGCCAAGGCUCUUCGCACUCUGGGAGGAGGACACAAUGGAGUUGUCAACCGUGAUGGCGAGAUCAUGGAACGGGCAGUCCUUCCCCGGGAGGAAGAGCAGCUCCGUCUUGCCAGGGUUCAGCUUGAGGUGGUGAUCCGUCAUCCAUACUGAUAUGUCGGCCAGACAUGCAGAGAUGCGAUUCGCCACCUGGUUAUCAGAAGGGGGAAAGGAGAAGAUUAGUUGUGUAUCGUCAGCGUAGCAAUGAUAGGAGAGGCCAUGUGAGGAUAUGACAGAGCCAAGUGACUUGGUGUAUAGGGAGAAAAGGAGAGGGCCUAGAACUGAGCCCUGGGGGACACCAGUGGUGAGAGCACGUGGUGCGGAGACAGCUUCUCGCCACGCCACUUGGUAGGAGCGACCGGUCAGGUAGGACGCAAUCCAGGAGUGAGCCGCGCCGGAGAUGCCCAGCUCGGAGAGGGUGGAGAGGAGGAUCUGAUGGUUCACUGUAUCAAAGGCAGCAGACAGGUCUAGAAGGACAAGAGCAGAGGAGAGAGAGUUAGCUUUAGCAGUGCGGAGAGCCUCCGUGACACAGAGAAGAGCAGUCUCAGUUGAAUGACCAGUCCUGAAACCUGACUGGUUUGGAUCAAGAAGGUCAUUCUGAGAGAGAUAGCAAGAGAGUUGGCUAAAGACGGCACGCUCAAUAGUUUUGGAAAGAAAAGAAAGAAGGGAUACUGGUCUGUAGUUGUUGACAUCAGUUGUGACACACACACACAUAUACACACAUGCAUACACACAUACAUACACACACACACACAUAUCCUACUCCCUGCUUUACUCAGUUAUUGCCGUUCUCACAAUAUUCUGCACCAUGUUUUCAUAACAGUUUCUCCCCUCCCUAAAUUGGGAGGCCUCUUUAUUUUAGUUUCUCAGUUGUCUUUGUUGUCUGGCCUAACUCUUACUCACAUUGCUAAAUAGUGGCUCAAUGCCAUAGCCUUUACUGGUCCUACACUCACACAUUUCUAACACAUUAUACACAAUUUCAGGGUGUAAUAAUUAGUCAUUAAUAAUUAAUCUAUCAGGGGUCAAUGCUCUAUUGUUAGCCUGUUGAUAUUUUAGCUUCUGAUGGAAUUUAUUCAAUGCUCACAUUUAAGUGUUUAAUUGAAGCAAAUAUAUUCCACCCCAUGAUUUAAUUCUGUUUUAAAGGUGCAAUCUGUAACUUCUAUUUCCUGCAGUGUAGCGUUUUUCGUCAUGAAUCUUGUUCUGUAGGUAGCUCUGCAUAGUGGUCGCUACAUGGCACAGCCACGAAGUCAUCAAACCUAACCUCAGCCUUAACCACACUGCUAACCUUAAUGCCUUUUAUUUAUAGAUUUUUUAUUUUUUAUUUCACCUUUAUUUAACCAGGUAAGCCUAACCCUAACCUUAAAUGAAAACCAACAAAACACAUUUUUGUUUUCAUGAAUUUGUACAAUAUAGUGUUAGGUUCUGAACAAACUGAGUAAAAACUCAAACGGACAACUAGAAAAAGCUCAAACCAAGUUUAUUCACCCACUGGGUCAUACAGCUGCAAAUACAAGGCAUCACGUAUAAUUAUAACCUUCCAAUAGGCGGGGUCAACUCCUUACACAUCAAGACAACCAAUACAUCUCUGUUGCUAUGCAGGAAUUGUAUUGUUUCCUCUCACUGCUGUAGUCCCAGCUCUGCCUGUUACUAAUAGUACUGCAGUAGGAGAGAUGAUGUGGUGGGCCUCUCUGGCCCCCCUUCCAGAGGUUUCUUCUCACUUCAUCUGUUGAUUUGACCUCGAGACGCAUUCCUCCCUAGUUACGCAGCCGGCCUGCCUUAUCAGAGACUAACAGUUACCUUUCACCUCCCUCCUCAGAAACAUGGAACAGAAAAUGAAGUUUCUACUCGUACAUUUACAUUUACGUCAUUUAGCAGACGCUCUUAUCCAGAGCGACUUACAGUUAGUGCAUACAUUAUUUUGUUGUUUUUUGUUAUUUUAUUUUUUUCAUACUGGCCCCCCCCCCCGUGGGAAUCGAACCCACAACCCUGGCAUUGCAAACGCCAUGCUCUAUCAACUGAGCUACCUCCCUGCCGGCCAUUCCCUCCCCUACCCUGAACGACGCUGGGCCAAUUGUGCGCUGCCCCAUUGGUCUCCCGGUUGCGGCCGGCUACAGCAGAGCUCUCUCUGUAACUUUCCAUAUUCCUAGUUCCCAUCUACCCUUCAUUGACCCCAACAUAUACAGUGAGGGGAAAAAAGUAUUUGAUCCCCUGCUGAUUUUGUACGAUUGCCCACUGACAAAUAAAUGAUCAGUCUAUAAUUUUAAUGGUAGGUUUAUUUGAACAGUGAGAGACAGAAUAACAACAACAAAAUCCAGAAAAACGCAUGUCAGAAAUGUUAUAAAUUGUUUUGCAUUUUAAUGAGGGAAAUAAGUAUUUGACCCCCUCAAUCAGAAAGAUUUCUGGCUCCCAGGUGUCUUUUAUACAGGUAACGAGCUGAGAUUAGGAACACACUCUUAAAGGGAGUGCUCCUAAUCUCAGUAUGUUACCUGUAUAAAAGACACCUGUCCACAGAAGCAAUCAAUCAAUCAGAUUCCAAACUCUCCACCAUGGCCAAGACCGAAGAGCUCUCCAAGGAUGUCAGGGACAAGAUUGUAGACCUACACAAGGCUGGAAUGGGCUACAAGACCAUCGCCAAGCAGCUUGGUGAGAAGGUGACAACAGUUGGUGCGAUUAUUCGCAAAUGGAAGAAACACAAAAGAACUGUCAAUCUCCCUCGGCCUGGGGCUCCAUUCAAGAUCUCACCUCGUGGAGUUGCAAUUAUCAUGAGAACGGUGAGGAAUCAGCCCAGAACUACACGGGAGGAUCUUGUCAAUGAUCUCAAGGCAGCUGGGACCAUAGUCACCAAGAAAACAAUUGGUAACACACUACGCCGUGAAGGACUGAAAUCCUGCAGUGCCCGCAAGGUCCCCCUGCUCAAGAAAGCACAUAUACAGGCCCGUCUGAAGUUUGCCAAUGAACAUCUGAAUGAUUCAGAGGAGAACUGGGUGAAAGUGUUGUGGUCAGAUGAGACCAAAAUUGAGCUCUUUGGCAUCAACUCAACUCGCCGUGUUUGGAGGAGGAGGAAUGCUGCCUAUGACCCCAAGAACACCAUCCCCACUGUCAAACAUGGAGGUGGAAACAUUAUUCUUUGGGGGGGGGUUUUCUGCUAAGGGGACAGGACAACUUCACCGCAUCAAAGGGACGAUGGACGGGGCCAUGUACCAUCAAAUCUUGGGUGAGAACCUCCUUCCCUCAGCCAGGGGAUUGACAAUGGUUCGUGGAUGGGUAUUCCAGCAUGACAAUGACCCAAAACACAAGACCAAUGCAACAAAGGAGUGGCUCAAGAAGAAGCACAUUAAGAGUGGCCUAGCCAGUCUCCAGACCUUAAUCCCAUAGAAAUCUGUGGAGGGAGCUGAAGGUUCGAGUUGCCAAACGUCAGCCUCGAAACCUUAAUGACUUGGAGAAGAUCUGCAAAGAGGAGUGGAACAAAAUCCCUCCUGAGAUGUGCGCAAACCUGGUGGCCAACUACAAGAAACGUCUGACCUCUGUGAUUGCCAAUAAGGGUUUUGCCACCAAGUACUAAGUCAUGUUUUGCAGAGGGGUCAAAUAGUUAUUUCCCUCAUUAAAAUGCAAAUCAAAAUUUAUACGAUUUUUGACAUGCGUUUUUCUGGAUUUUGUUGUUGUUAUUCUGUCUCUCACUGUUCAAAUAAACCUACCAUUAAAAUUGUAGACUGAUCAUGUCUUUGUCAGUGGGCAAACUUAAAAAAUCAGCAGGGGAUCAAAUACUUUUUUCCCUCACUGUACAUUCCUUAUACAUGUAAAGUAAUUAAUGAGUUAUAGUACGGUAACAUGAAUCAGUACAUUUCAAGCCUAACAAUAGCACAUGUUGUCUUUGCAGCUGGCCUAUCUAAGUGGAAAUUGCUCAGUUCUGCCCCCAGGACAAGACUCAUGACAAUAAACGUCAACCUGCUUAUUGCAUUUUUUUUUUUUUUUUUUUUUACAUUCACCUCAGUUAGAAACAAGUGCACCCGGAAGAAAUCGUCCAAGUCUUUACAUUUACAUUUACGUCAUUUAGCAGACGCUCUUAUCCAGAGCGACUUACAAAUUUGUGCAUUCACCUUAUGAUAGCCAGUGGGACAACCACUUUACAAAAAAUUAAUAUUAUUAUUAUUUUAUAUAUUUUGUGGGGGGGGGGGGGGGGUAGAAGGAUUACUUUUAUACUAUCCCAGGUAUUCCUUAAAGAGGUAGGGUUUCAAGUGUCUCCGGAAGGUGGUCAGUGACUCCGCUGUCUUGGCGUCGUGAGGGAGCUUGUUCCACCAUUGGGGUGCCAGAGCAGCGAACAGUUUUGACUGGGCUGAGCGGGAACUGUGCUUCCGCAGAGGUAGGGGGACCAGCAGGCCAGAGGUGGAAGAACGCAAUGCCCUCGUUUGGGUGUAGGGACUGAUCAGAGCCUGAAGGUAAGGAGGUGCCGUUCCCCUCACAGCUCCAUAGGCAAGCACCAUGGUCUUGUAGCAGAUGCAAGCUUCAACUGGAAGCCAGUGGAGUGUGCGGAGGAGCGGGGUGACGUGAGAGAACUUGGGAAGGUUGAACACCAGACGGGCUGCAGCAUUCUGGAUGAGUUGUAGGGGUUUAAUGGCACAGGCAGGGAGCCCAGCCAACAGCGAGUUGCAGUAAUCCAGACGGGAGAUGACAAGUGCCUGGAUUAGGACCUGUGCCGCUUCCUGUGUAAGGUAGGGUCGUACUCUGCGAAUGUUGUAGAGCAUGAACCUACAGGAUUGGGUCACCGCUUUGUUGUUAGCAGAGAACGACAGGGUGUUGUCCAGGGUCACGCCAAGGUUCUUUGCAGUCUGGGAGGAGGACACAAUGGAGUUGUCAACCGUGAUGGCGAGAUCAUGGAGCGGGCAGUCCUUCCCUGGGAGGAAGAGCAGCUCCGUCUUGCAGAGGUUCAGCUUGAGGUGGUGAUCCGACAUCCACACUGAUAUGUCUGCCAGACAUGCAGAGAUGCGAUUCGCCACCUGGUUAUCAGAAGGGGGAAAGGAGAAGAUUAAUUGUGUGUCGUCUGCGUAGCAAUGAUAGGAGAGACCAUGUGAGGAUAUGACAGAGCCAAGUGACUUGGUGUAUAGAGAGAAUAGGAGAGGGCCUAGAACUGAGCCCUGGGGGACACCAGUGGUGAGAGAACGUGGUGCGGAUACAGAUUCUCGCCAUGCCACCUGGUAGGAGCGACCUGUUCAGGUUGGACGCAAUCCAAGAGUGAGCCGCGCCGGAGAUGCUCAACUCGGAGAGGGUGGAGAGGAGGAUCUGAUGGUUCACAGUAUCAAAGGCAGCAGAUAAGUCUAGAAGGAUGAGAGCAGAGGAGAGAGAGUUAGCUUUCUUCAAAGUCUUUCUUCAAAGCUUUCUUUAAGUCUUCAAUUUACACAACUCUGUGGAUUAUAAGAAAUAAGUUAUUGUAAACAAAAAUGCCGUCCUCUGUUUCCUGUCCCCACGAACAGGCCAAGAGGAAGGGGCGGUCCCACCCGGAAGAGGAGGGGCAUGUGAUGAACAAGGGCAGUCUGGGUAGGACCACGCCCGCUGUGGCCGCCUCCGAGAGACGCAAGUCACUCAAACUGGUGAGAGAGGGAGGGAGGGAGGGAGGAAGGGAGGGAGGGAGGGGGAGAGAGAAGGUCAGAUUCAAUUAACCUGCACUGCAGAAAUAUGCUCCAAUCCCUAAGAGCCCUGUAUGCAAUGCACAGCAUCCUUACUGCAAGUUUGAUUGAAUACCAACCCUGCUAUUCUCAUGGCUUGUCUUCCCUCCCCCCGUGUGUCUGUAGGACUGUGUGCUGGGUUCAGCGCGCUGCGUCCUCUUCCAGUGUCCUCUCCACAGCUUCUCUGGCUCGGCUGUCCUCAAGAUCCAGGGACGUUUGUGGAACAGCACUUUCCUGGAGGUAAAACACCACAUCACCUAUCACAUUGUGGUAAUAAAGACUACUGUUCCCAUAAUGCAAUGCAUUACACGCCGGCAUGUUGAUAGAAUUGUAUGGCCUUUUAUGGCCACACACCUAUGUACUUUGCUAGCUGAAGCAUCUGGUUAUUAAAAGUUAUAAUCCUACACAUUCAUUAAAGUACCACCACUCAACACCCCCAUAGGGUGGUGCACAAUUGGCCCAGCGUCGUCCGGGUUUGGCCGGUGUAGGCCGUCAUUGUAAAUAAGAAUUUGUUCUUAACUGACUUGCCUAGUUAAAUAAAGGUUAAAAAAAUUAUUAAAAAAACAAUCUCAACGUUCCCAUACCGGAGAUCCCUCAAUAUCUCAACGCUCCCAUACCGGAAAUCCCUCAACAUCUCAACACUCCCAUACCGGAAAUAAUAUAUUUCCAUACAAAUGUACAGUGGGGAAAAAAAGUAUUUAGUCAGCCACCAAUUGUGCAAGUUCUCCCACUUAAAAAGAUGAGAGAGGCCUGUAAUUUUCAUCAUAGGUACAUGUCAACUAUGACAGACAAAUUGAGGAAAAAAAAUCCAGAAAAUCACAUUGUAGGAUUUUUAAUGAAUUUAUUUGCAAAUGAUGGUGGAAAAUAAGUAUUUGGUCACCUACAAACAAGCAAGAUUUCUGGCUCUCACAGACCUGUAACUUCUUUUUUAAGAGGCUUCUCUGUCCUCCAAUCGUUACCUGUAUUAAUGGCACCUGUUUGAACUUGUUAUCAGUAUAAAAGACACCUGUCCACAACCUCAAACAGUCACACUCCAAACUCCACUAUGGCAAAGACGAAAGAGCUGUCAAAGGACACCAGAAACUAAAUUGUAGACCUGCACCAGGCUGGGAAGACUGAAUCUGCAAUAGGUAAGCAGCUUGGUUUGAAGAAAUCAACUGUGGGAGCAAUUAUUAGGAAAUGGAAGACAUACAAGACCACUGAUAAUCUCCCUCGAUCUGGGGCUCCACGCAAGAUCUCACCCCGUGGGGUCAAAAUGAUCACAAGAACGGUGAGCAAAAAUCCCAGAACCACACGGGGGGACCUAGUGAAUGACCUGCAGAGAGCUGGGACCAAAGUAACAAAGCCUACCAUCAGUAACACACUACGCCGCCAGGGACUCAAAUCAUGCAGUGCCAGACGUGUUCCCCUGCUUAAGCCAGUACAUGUCCAGGCCCGUCUGAAGUUUGCUAGAGUGCAUUUGGAUGAUCCAAAAGAGGAUUGGGAGAAUGUCAAAUGGUCAGAUGAAACCAAAAUAUAACUUUUUGGUAAAAACCCAACUCGUCGUGUUUGGAGGGCAAAGAAUACUGAGUUGCAUCCAAAGAACACCAUACCUACUGUGAAGCAUGGGGGUGGAAACAUCAUGCUUUGGGACUGUUUUUCUGCAAAGGGACCAGGACGACUGAUCCGUGUAAAGGAAAGAAUGAAUGGGGCCAUGUAUCGUGAGAUUUUGAGUGAAAACCUCCUUCCAUCAGCAAGGGCAUUGAAGAUGAAAUGUGGCUGGGUCUUUCAGCAUGACAAUGAUCCCAAACACACCGCCCGGGCAACGAAGGAGUGGCUUCGUAAGAAGCAUUUCAAGGUCCUGGAGUGGCCUAGCCAGUCUCCAGAUCUCAACCCCAUAGAAAAUCAUUGGAGGGAGUUGAAAGUCCGUGUUGCCCAGCGACAGCCCCAAAACAUCACUGCUCUAGAGGAGAUCUGCAUGGAGGAAUGGGCCAAAAUACCAGCAACAGUGUGUGAAAACCUUGUGAAGACUUACAGAAAACGUUUGACCUGUGUCAUUGCCAACAAAGGGUAUAUAACAAAGUAUUGAGAAACUUUCGUUAUUGACCAAAUACUUAUUUUCCACCAUAAUUUGCAAAUAAAUUCAUAAAAAAUCCUACAAUGUGAUUUUCUGGAUUUUUUUUCCUCAUUUUGUCUGUCAUAGUUGACGUGUACCUAUGAUGAAAAUUACAGGCCUCUCUCAUCUUUUUAAGUGGGAGAACUUGCAGAAUUGGUGGCUGACUAAAUACUUUUUUCCCCCACUGUAUGUAUUACAAAUACAUUUACAAAUGUAUGUCACACAUUAAAAUACAUUUCAAAAUGCAUAGUAAAUACAUUAUUUGGCCUAUUUUUUAUAUUUCACGUAUCCUAAAAUGCAUCCAAAAAUGUUUGUUUUAAAUGUAUUAUUUCCCCGUAUGGGCUGUCUAUUACACUCUGGCACAGUUCCAGUCAACCUUUAUGUCUCUGCUUGGCACAUUUCCUGAACGUAAUGCAAGUGUAUGAUAAUAGUAGCAUUUGUUUUGAUGAAACAGUUACUGUGAAAGGGGUGAGAGCAAUCACAGACAAUCACAGACUGGAACUACAAAGGCAACACGAGGGCGGGCUGAACAGGGGGAACGCUGUACUUUUGACUAUGUAUAAAUCAACAUUAGCCGUCAUUGUCUAACCUCUUUGUCAUGUGUUGAUAUGGAAACAAUGAGUAGGUGUCUCAAAGUGGGGUCCGCCGAGUUUACAGGAUGUAAUAUUAUAAAUCGUUAUGUUCUUAACCCUGGGCAACAAGGGCCUAAUUAUAAUUAUAAUUCUUCUUGCUUCUUGAAUUCCGCUUUUUACAUAAAUGCACUGUAUAAAUGCACUGUAAUUUAAAUCUAGAAUCCUUAGUUGCUACAUCAAGUUUUGCUGUGGAAUACCAUGAUACACCCAGUGAUUCUUGAAGAAUAUAGCUUAUAAAUGCCACAUGAGCUUAGUUCAACUGUCGUACCCAAUCAGAACCCAAAUAGCUUGUUUUACGCCAAUGUUUGUAAACAAAGUAAAUGUAAACAAACUGUAGUGUCGAGUCAAUGCUGGCAAUUAUUGCUGAUAAACAAAGGAGUCCGCUCAUACUGAACCUUGAUCAUAAGUUUAUUCAUAUCACAAGCUUUCAGCAUGAGUUUACGGAUGUCAUGACCACCCGGAGAACGGCGUCCCAGAUUGCAAUGGCCGCUCUAACCUCUUCUUCGUUUUUACCCAGUAUAUAUAAUCUCCCCGAGAUAUGGGUGGCUCCCUCUACUGUCCAAUCCCCUGUCUACAACACACACUUCCUGUAUUUUGUAUGUGGCGUCACACUAAAACAUUCCCUCUGACACUAAAUAAACAUCCCUUCAGUUCCACUUAAAAAACAUUAACAAAGUCAUAAUCUUAAUACACUACAAAACACUGUAUAGCCUCAACACAUGGUAAAUCUAUAAUAUAUCAUGGAUGGUCAGUCCUUGCAUACAUAGCGCUGGCUGUGAAUUUAAGAGUUGUUACAUUUCUCCAGGCCCAUUCUUCAGUUUUUUACCAAAACAGAGGCGGGGUGACGCUUUGUUAUUAACUGUAGCUUUAAAACUGCAAAGUCUUCUCUCUGCCUCAUGGCAAAAUGUGUAGAAUUGCAUGAUAUUAGCUUAAAAGCUGCAACAACAAAACAUCUUUCUGCCCCAUGACAAAAUGUGUAGAAUUGCAGGAAAUUUGCAACAUUUUCUCUCUGAUGCCAAGAGGUGGGCCUUUAAAAUGUUCCUUCCCAGGGCCCGAGACUUGGUUUAUCCAGCCAUGCACUGCCAGUCAGAGUAAAACUCCUUGUAUGCUAUUUUUUAUAUUAGAUAUUAUUUAUCCCCAUCGAGUUAUGUGGAGGUCCCUGAUGAAUUUGCUAUCGCAAAAGGUGUCCCUGGCCCCAAAAGGUUUAAGAACCCCUGGACUAAAGCAUAAACUGAUCUCAAUCUGCUACCAGAAUAACAUAAUAUUCUUGAUGAUAAUCAUAUGAAAUAUAUCAUGGAUAAUGUGUGUCCACUCUAAUCUCCUCUAAUCUCUCCCACUUCAGUGUUCUGUAUCUAGCUACUGGUCAGAGCCACUCUAAUCUCCUUCACCUAGUAAAGGUCUAGUGUUGAUCCUUUCUCUUCUCUCUCCUCUCCUCUCUUCUCUCUCUUCCCUCUCCUCUCCCCUCUUCUCUCCUCUCCUCUCCUCUCUUCUCUCUCUUCCCUCCCCUCUCCUCUCCUUUCCUUUCUCCUCUCCUCUCCUCUCCUCUCCUCUCCUCUCCUCUCCUCUCCUCUCCUCUCCUCUCCUCUCCUCUCCUCUCUUCCCACUCUUCUCCUCGCCUCGCUCCUUCAUCUUACCGCUCUCUUACUCUCAUCUCUCUCCAGGCGCGUCACCUCUCUCUCUCUAUUCUUCAGCGAGUGAAAUUCUCUUCUCUCGUCUCUCUUUUCUCUUCCUUCUCUUCUCUGAGCGUCUGCUCUCUUCUCUUCUAUUCUCUGUCUCUUCUCUCUCUUCUCUGUCUCUUCUCUCUCUCUCUUCUCUUUCGCUCUUCUCUUCUCUCUCUUCUUUAUCUCUUCUCUUCUCUCUUCUCUCUCUUCUUCUCUUCUUGCCUCUCUAUUCUCUCUCUUCUCUCUCUCUCUCCUCUCUCCUCUCUUCUCUCCAUCAGGAGUUCCCAUCAGUCAGUGCUCUGGAGCUGCUGGUUAGAGCCAACAUCACAGUCAAGUCCAGCAUCAAACACCUGGUGCUGAGGGAUUCUGCCGCACAGGUAACACACACACACACACUGAGAGACACACACACACACACACACACACAGGCACACUUAACUAUUCAAAUGAGGAACUAGGGCCAGGCUUUUCCUGACCAUAUGUCCUGAGUAAGACAAGACUCUGGGCUCAAGCUACUAGUGACACAUACACAGUAAAGACAAGACACUUCACAACAAAGCAGUCAUUGCUUUAUAUUGCUGUGUUUUCCCUGUAGGUCCCAGUGAUGAUUUACCCAGAGAUUGGUCUGACUGCCCAGUACUGGAUCCCCUGGUGGUGGAUCCUUAUAGCCAUCCUGGCUGGUAUCCUGGUGCUGGCCCUGCUGGUCUGCAUCCUGUGGAAGGUACCAACACACAUCAUAUAUGACUAUACCUACUGUGGUUACUGUACCCAUGUAAUCCUGGAUGCACCAGGGCAGUGAUUGGGGACGUUGCCCUGUGUAGGGUGCCGUCUUUCGGAUGGGACGUUAAAUGGUUGCCCUGACUCUCUGUCGUCACUAAAGAUCCCACGGCACUUAUCAUAAGCGUAUGGGUGUUAACCCCGGUGUCCUGGCAAAAUCACCAAUCUGGCCCUCAUACCAUCAUGGACACCUAAUCAUCCCCAGCUUCCAAUUGGCUCGUUCAUUCCCCCCUGCUCUCCCCUGUAACUAUUCCUCAGGUCGUUGCUGUAAAUGAGAAUGUUCUCAGCAGCGGUUGGAACCAUUUCAGGGAACAGAACCAGAAACUGAAAAAAGGACAACAUUUUCAGCGGAACGGAAAAACCGAACAGGGAACGAAAGUGAUCUCUACUGUUCCGGAACAGAACCGUAGAAAAUGUCACAUCUUGAAAACCGGUUAAUAACGUUAUUUUUAAUUCUAAAAAUAUUCCUAAUAUCUAUUAUAUAAUUCUGUAAUUCGGUGAAGUUAUAAUGCUAGUAAUAGCCUAAACACAUUCCAGUGCACGUUAUGAUGUUCAACACUUCAAGCCCCCUCCAUGUCCACGCCUCUCUCUCACUCUCUCCCCACCCAUCUGGUGCCUGCACUUAUCUGACCAAUCAAACAUGAAACUACGUUACCGAUUCCAAAUGAAUGAGCUAAAUGUAAAAAAUUAUGUUGAUUUCACAGGUUAAAAAAAAUUACGAAAAGGACCUAUAUAAACAGUUACUUUUUUGGGGUUCGAACCGGUUCAGAACUUUAUAUUCUGGUCGAAACAUCGGAAACGAUUGGAAAAUUAUUUUGGUUCCAACCCCUGGUUCUUACUCAACUUUCCUGGUAAAAGAAAGGUUAAAUAAAUAAAUACAUGGCUGGUGUACUGGUGCUGACCCUGCAUACUCUGGAAGGUCCACACACAUCAUACUGUAUAUUAGUUACUGUACCUAGCUACAUACCUCUAUUAUCCUUUCUGGUAUACUGGUGCUGACCCUAAUUGUCUGCAUGCUGUGGAAGCAGACUAUCCUUCCUUAUCCUCUUAUCAUUCAAUCAUAAUAUUUUUUUGUAUCAAGCUGUGAUCUUCAGAUCUUCGUUCUGUUCUCCUCUCCUCUCUCUGAGAUAAGUCAUUUGUUUUAUCUCUGCUCUAGUCCAUUGCUCCUCUCCACACCUCUAGUCCAUUGCUCCUCUCCACAUCUCUAGUCCAACUCUCCUCUCCACAUCUCUAGUCCGUCUCUCCUCUCCACAUCUCUAGUCCGUCUCUCCUCUCCACAUCUCUAGUCCGUCUCUCCUCUCCACAUCUCUUUUACUCUGUACUCCUUUUUCACCUUCCUUCCUUCCUUCCUUCCUUCCUUCCUUCCUUCCUUCCUUCCGUUCCUUCCUUCUGCCUUCCUUCCUUCCUUCCUUCCUUCCUUCUUCCUCCUCUUCCUUCCUUCCUCUUCCUUCCUUCCUCCUUCUGUUCCUUCUUCUUUCCUUCGUUCCUUCCUUCCUUUCCUUCCUUCCUGUCCUUCCUUCCUUCCCUUCCCUACCUCCCUCCACUACAUCUCGGUUGUAACUCUUUCUCCUCCCUCUCUCCUCCUCCUCUCCUCAGUGUGGGUUCUUCAAGCGUACAGAGCGCCGCCCCCAGUACGAGACAGAAUACUACCGCGCCCACAUGCACGCUCAGCCCUCUGAGGUGGAGAAGCAGGCAUCAGACCAAUAGGUUCCUGCUUUUCCCCUCCACUCUCCCCCAAGCGGUAAAGCCAUGCACCCUGGCCUGCCCUGCACUGCCCUGCACUGGCAUGCCCUGGUCUCUCACGCCCUGAAGUUGCCCUUAGACACUGAUCCAGGUUCAGUUUUGUGUUCCCUCCUCUAAUGGUUAGGGUUUGGGGAAGGUUAGCUGAUCCUAGAUCUGUGCCUAAUGGACUGAGACCUGUUGUGCUGCGUGCUGUGGCUCUGCCUGCCGUGUGAUCUUUGACCUAAAUUCUGUACCUGAAACAAGUUCAUUCUGGCACAAGGAAAUUGUGUUCAUGUUCCUGAUCAUUCCGAUUCUAUUCAUUAACAUUAUCAUUCCAUCUGGUUCCACACUUUGAUAAGAAUGUUAGAAAGCCAGAAUGAACAUGUGUUCUCUGUUGUUCUUUUGUGUUUCUGACAAAAUGGCGGUGCUGCAAGACUGUGGUGGCUGUAGGUGAAAUGUCAACGUGUGUCAGCACAAUUGUAAUGUUUUGCAAGGCACUGGUGUGUUUUCUUUGCUUGUGUGUCACCUGUUUUACUGACGUUUUACAAGUCAUCUGAACAUUUUGGCUUCUGUGGCACAUACACAAUGUUGCGGAAUCAGAACCAAAAAAAUCUCCUUCAGGUUACUCAGCGGCAUCAGCAAAGUGCAUUUUUCAUACCCUCCCUCCCUCCACCCUCUCUCUCUCCCCCACAGUGUGGUUUCUUCCGUCGGGUCCAGUAUGAAGACAAAGUGCCUCAGUACCAUGCGGUGAAGAUUCCCCGUCAGGACCGUCCCCAGUUCCAUCAGAGCCAGCAGAAGGCAGGGAUCCUCCAGAAGAAAGAGUGGGCUACACACUGGAGCGAUGGAACCUCC